AUGCAGCUCCUAAUCGCAUCGUGCGCCUCGCACCGGCUCGCGCAUCGACGAUGUGCGAUCCACAUGGAGGCGGCGCCCGGCCGAGAUCUCUCCUUCCGGGUGCGCGAGGCGUUGCUCGAUGCCGAGGAGCAGCCCUACACUGUCUGGUCGGAGCCUGGCUCGGACCGUCCACUGCGGGCAAAUCUGGACCUCCUUGUCUUUCGCGGGCGCACACUCGCGCGGCGCGGCGACAAAGACGGGGCUCGCGCCACCUACCUCCGCUGCGUCGCACUCGACCCGCUGGACGGCCGCGGGUGGCUCGCCCUCGGGCGCCUUAGCGAGCGCGAUGGCGACCCGGACGCCGCGAUCGCGAUGAUCGAGCGCGGCCUCGCGCACAACGCGGGCAACGCCUACCUCUUGCAGGCCGCGGAGCGCCCUCUCCCUCCUCCUCUUCCCCACGCCAGCACUCGCCCGCCUCGUGUGUCAGGCGGCCGCCUGCUGCUGCAGCGCCGCCGCAAGGAGGGCGCCGCCCGCCGCUGCCUCGACCUGGCGCUCGCCUGCGCGCCUCGCUCAUACUACGUGUGGCAGGUGAGCGGACAGUGGCACCGGCGGCAAGGCCAGCUCUCGAGCGCCCGCGAGGCCUUCCGCCGCUCGCUGCAGCUCAACGGCGCCAACGUCGCGACGCUGCACGCGUGGGGCGUGCUCGAGUGGCGGUGCGGGCACACCGACCUGGCGGCGACGCUCUUCCAACAGGGGCUGCACAUCCAGCCGCACAACAAGCACACGCCGCUCUUUCACGCGUGGGGCUCGAUGGAGGCGGAGGUCUCCAACGUCACCGCCGCGAGGGCGAUCUUCCAGCGAGGCGUGCAGGGCGAGGAGGAGAGCGAGGGCGAGUACGACGCCUCCGAGGCGGGGGAGGACGAGGCGGGGGAGGACGAGGCGGACGGCGCAGCCUCCGAGGCGGCCUCAGAGGGCGGCAGCGGCGGCGACCCGUCCGACUCUCUCUUUGACGACGAGUGA